UAAAUAUCCAGAAGCGACGUGUACAUCGGUUAGGACAGAGCAAAACAGUUCCAACUCUCACUGCACCUGCACAUCCGUCGGAUAACGCGCCCAGGUUUACGGUAGUGAGUUUAUCAAUGGAGGAAGGGCAAAGACAAAAGCCAAAAAAGAGAAGAAAACUCUUUUGGAUAUGUAUUUUUGUAGUGGUUAUAUUGGUCGUAGUCGGUAUAGUUCUGUGGGUAACUCUUCGGAAAAAGUCAGAAGCUGAGGAAUUCAAAGCCGUGUUUACGUCUAGAUGCAAAGCGUACAUCGAAGGAUAUGACUGUGAAAAGACAUGGAGUGCAUUUCAGCAUGCUUACGUUGGCAAGGAUCCCUGCCUUGUACCUCCAGACGCGUACCAACUUCUAGUGGAUGCUGCUCCCUUCGAACCUGCAUGCAACAGGAUGAUGUUCUGGAGCAAAACAAAGGAUGUGGUCCAUGAUUUAACCUCAAAGAGAGACUGCUUUAUCACCAUGGAGGACACGUUUUUGGGAACGGUGCUGAACGAGUUGACCUGGUGCAGCAAGGAGGGCAGCAGUGACACCUUCACCUCUGGCUGUCCGGGAUGGACAGACUGUGUGAAUAAUACAGUUAGCUCUUUUUGGAGCAAAGCUUCAGAGUCAUACGCACAAGUGGCCUGUGGCAGUGUCUCUGUUAUGUUAAAUGGAUCUAUCGCGGUUCCUUUCAAUCCGACUAGUAUAUUUGCGAGCAUUGAGGUAAAGAAUUUUAACCCAGCCAUCAUGAAGAGCCUAAAGGUUGUUCUGGUCACACAAGAGAAGGAAGUAUCAGACUGUGCCAAUCCAUCUUUAAAGAACUUGCAGAAGGAGCUAGCUCAGGGCAUUGCUUACAGCUGCCAGGAGGUGCCAGAAUCACAGAUACAAGAAUGUGCCUUACAGCCACAUAAGCCCUGUGGAUCCUGUUGGUGAAAGGACUAACCAAAUGUUUACCAAACUGUACUUUUUACAUGUUAUUGUUUUCUAAUAGGUUAAGUGUUUUCAUUUUAAGUUUAUAAUUAUGCACUUUUAUAUUUUGGGUGAAAUGGGGAAAGGUUUUAGACUUUUUAACUGUGUAGCGAAUACUUCUACUGCUAUGUUUUUACCUGCCAAUAUAAAUGAUGCUAUGUCAAAGAUAUUAUUAAAAAAGAAUAGACUUA